AUAAAUUCGAGUUCUGAAAGAUGAGAGCAAAGUUUAAAGGUGGACUUCACUGGAAGAGGCUGUCUAAGCUGAGAAGGGACAUUCUCCAAACACCGUCAGUCCCGCGCGUAAAGCAGCGCAACCUCUCCGUUCACUGACACAACUCAGUCAGACUUCAGAAGAGCAGCUGGGAGCUUAAAGUUUCAAAAGUCUGACCGGCGUUUAAAAGUUUCCACGGAAAGAGUUUUAGUAUAUAGGCAAGGCUGACAUUGAUGUGUUGGUGACCGUUAACUUUUAAGUGGUGAAACACACCACACCGCAACAGCGUGGAAGGCAUUUCUCAUAGAUGUCCGCUCAACUGGAAAGAGGCCUACAGGUAGAAAUAGAAAAAGUAAAUGCGCUAAAACACGAAUUCGAUGAGGAGAUUGACGUGGAAGCUCUUGACGGAUGCCUGCCCGAGGAGUCUCGCGGCAGAGGGGAGUGUGGAGACAAGCCGGCGCGGGAGCAACCACCGGCGCAGAGGAAGAUGACCCGCAGCCCCAAAUGUGCCCGUUGCAGAAACCACGGUGUCGUGUCUUGUCUCAAAGGCCACAAGCGCUUUUGUCGCUGGCGUGACUGUCAGUGCGCUAACUGUCUGCUCGUGGUAGAGAGACAGCGCGUGAUGGCUGCACAAGUCGCCCUGCGGAGGCAACAGGCUUCAGAGGGUAAAAAAGGCUUGAGGUGCGCAGGUCCAUUCCGGAGGACGGCGUAUCAGCGCAGCGCCAGAACACCGAGUAUUGUAGCGAAGACAAUCCUGGAGGGGUUUAAGCCCCCUGUGGCGGAGGAGGCCGCCUGGCCCAGGAGAGGCCAGUACCCCUGUGUCAGCGCCCGCAUGAGGAAGAGACGAGCGUUUGCAGAUAAGGAGUUGGAGAGUGUGAUGCUGGAGAGAGAGCUCAGACAGAGAGAGAUGAACGACCUGUCAGGCCUCCGCCUGCUUCACCCCGCCCUGGUGGGAAUGCCCCCCCCUCACUGCUGUCCCCCGAAGGACCCCGGGGCUGCCCCGUACCCACCCGUGUACAAAUACAAACCAGGUCCAGUGCUGUAUGAGUGUGACUUCCAGUGCUGCCCAGAGGAGAUACUAAAAACCACGUCCACCCAGGACAGCUAUGGGGCCUUCCUGGCACAGUCAAGGGCCCGAGGCCAUGUGGAGAGCACAAGGGAGGGGUCACUGGAGGGCUGGGGCUGCUGUGAGGAGAGGGAGCCCAGCCCUGAGUCCAACCGCAUGCCUCCACCACAGCCCCAGAAGAGGGAGGGCCUCACAGCCAGCUCCAGGAGCCCAGACAGGGGAGAGACGCUCCAGACAGACCCAGGUGCUUGGCCCGGCCCGGCCAGGGGGUGGGCAGCAGGGGUCAGCCAGAACCACGCUCAGCCCGGCUCUACUAAGAGACAGGCUGGGAAGCCCUUCCCCUUCUCUGUGGAGUCCCUGCUGAGAGCUUGAGGCAAACUGGGACGUGGAAGGCAGCCUGGUUUAGGAGCGCACCCCCUGUUCUGCACAGUACACUUCCAGACCAGAGUCCAAGGCCUCGGACAUGAACUAAACUGUUUGCUGUGGUCGCAUGUGAAAUCCUGGGCCAGCCUUUGUCACAAAACCGGUUAUUUUAAUAUCAUGUUUUGUAGAAUAUUUGAAGAGAAUGUCCGAAUUAGUUUCCGAUCUUUCACCUUUUUGUACAAUUUGUGAACAUAAGUAACACAUUUGGUUAAUUUCUGUAUUCUGUGACUUUGACAAUGCUAUUCUUUGAACG